CGAUGUUACCUCUUCAAACAUGGCGGUCAGUGAUUUGAUGUGUAAGAUUUUUGUGAAUUAUAGUAUAAUUUAAAGAAUUUAUGAUGUCUAUUUAGUGUUACUAUUUAGUUAAUAUAACGCUGUGAACUUAAUUUUAUGAAAACCAGAUUUUAAAAAAGCAUUUCUCCUUUGUAAAAUAGAAUAGGAUUUGUGUUUGUAGCAGUGUUGAAACUGUUGAAUUGUGAGCAAAUUGUAGGCGGUUGGAGCACCUUGUGAUGUCGUUCCCGGGACGACCGCCCCUGGUGCCAUACGGACUGGCGCCGGGCGUCGUCACUGUGCCAAUGGCCACACACGUGAUGGUGGGCGCGUAUGGCGGUGGCGGCGUGGGAGCGGCGCGGGGCGCCCUGCUGCCGGCGCCGGGCGGCGGCGGCGGCGGGGGCGGCGGUGGAGGCGGGGGUGGGGGCAAAGCAGUCAUCUCGCGUGCGCCCACCAGGAACGGCUCCUCACAGCCCGAACACACGCCCGUUACUGUCUUCAUAGGCAACAUCAGCGCCCGCGCGCCCGACGCCAUGACGCGGGCGCUGCUGGGCGCGUGCGGGCCGGUGGUGUCGUGGAAGCGCGUGUCCACGUUCGGGUUCUGCGAGUUCGGCGGCGUGGAGGCGGCGCUGCGCUGCGUGCGGGUGCUGCACGAGCGCCCGGUGGCGGGCCGCGCGCUCGUGGCCAGGACCGACGGCAAGGUGCAAGCGCUGGUGGACGCGUACAAGAACGAGCAGCGCAGCCGGCUGUCGCUGGAGGAGCGUGCGCCGGGCACGGAGGGCGAGGGCUACCUGGACGCCCGCCAGCGGGCGCUGGACGAGGCCGCCGAGCGCCGCCUGGCCGCCAUCAUGGCCGACUACCAGCACGAGAUCAACAACUACGAGGAGCUACAGAAAGAGGAAGCGAUAUCAAAGACGGCGAAGGUGCUCGAAGAAGCAGACAUCUCCGAGGAGAAGCGCGACGUGAUCCACCGCGAGAUCGGCAAGUUCCGCGAGAGCAUGAAGGAGGAGGCGGACGUGGUGGUGCGGCGCAAGCGGGACAAGGACGACAAGGACGCGCCCCGCGACAAGGACGUACCCCGCGACAAGGACGCGCGCGACAAGGACGUGCGCGACAAGGAGCGCGAGCGUGACCGCGAGCGGGACAAGGACCGCGAGCGCGACAGGGACAAGGAGCGACGCAGGAGGAGCGUCUCCCGGAGCCGGGAGCGGCGCGACGAGCGGGAGCAGCGGGAGCGGGAGCGCGAGCGGGAGCGGGAGGAGCGCGAGCGAGACCGGGAGCGGGAGCGGGAGAAGGAGCGCGAGCGGGAGAGGGAACGGGAGCGGGAGCGGGAGAGAGAGGCGCGUGAGCGGGAGCGGGAGAGGGAGCGCGAGCAGCGAGAGAGGGAGCGGGAGAGGGACAGGGAGAGAGAGCGCGAACGCGAGCGUGAGCGGUCGCGGGAGCGGGAACGCGAGCGGGAGCGGGAGCGGGAGCGCAGCUCGGUGGAGUCGCGGCGAGGGAGGGAGCUGGAGGAGGAGGCGCGGGAGAGGAAGCGGCGGGAGAAGAAGGCGCGGGAGAAGGAGGCCGCCUACCAGGAGAGAUUGCGCGUGUGGGAGACGCGCGAGCGGCGCAAGGCCAAGGAGUACGAGAAGGAGCGGGAGCGGGAGCGGUGCCGCGAGGAGGAGCGGGAGCGGGAGGCCAAGCGGCUCAAGGAGUUCCUCGAGGACUACGACGACGAGCGGGACGACCACAAGUACUACAAGGGCAAGGAGCUGCAGCGGCGGCUGGGGCUGCGCGUGCGCGAGGCGUCGCUGGACGCGCGCGAGCGGGCGCGCGAGCGCGACGAGCUGCAGGCGCUGCGGCGCCGCGUGCUGGCCGAGCGCGGGCCGGGCGCCGCGGCCGAGGCGGCCUUCGAGCGCGAGCGGCGCCGCCUGGACGCCGAGUACCGGCCGCGCCUGCUGGUGGACGCGUCGCUGCGCCACGAGCAGCAGCGCGCGCGCGAGGCGGCGCGGCGCGCGGCGCGCGAGGCGGCGCGCGAGGAGGCGCGGCUGCGCGCGGCGCGCACGCGCGAGCGCGAGCUGCGGGCCGCCGCCGUGCGCCAGCUGCCCAAGGAGGCCGAGCCCAUCGACUCCUCCGACGCCGAGCCGCCCGCCACGCCGCCGCCGCCCGACCCGCCCGAGCGCCGCCACAAGCACCACCACCGCCACCACCGCCACCGCGACCACCCCGACGCCCACGACCACUGCGACGCCCGCGACCCCCGCGACCCCCACGACCACCCCGAGCCCGCGUCCGACCACGCGGGCGACACGCCGCAGAGCUCCCCGGGCGGCGCCACGCCCCCGCGGCCGGCAUCGGGUGGCAGCUCGCCCCGCGCCGCCACGCCGGCGCCCGCCUCGCCCAUCACCAUCAGCUUCAAGCAGUCCAAGCUCAGCCCCAAGGACGCCGCAGGGGAGCCCGGUGCGGGCAACCGCGUGAGGCGCGUGCACGCGGCCUUCGCGGCCGACGACGACGAUGUGCCGCCACCACAGCACGCCCACAAUAUAGGAAAUAAAGAAAAGCGUAGUAAAAAAGUGUCGAGCUCUAGCGGCGGGGGUGAGAGUCGAGGCGGGGGCGGAGGCGCCGGCUCGGGCGCGGACGAGGGCGCGCGCUCGGCCGAGGAGAAGCGCAAGCACAUCAAGAGCCUCAUCGACAAGAUCCCCACACACAAGGAGCAACUGUUCCAGUUCAAGCUCGACACCGCACAGAUCGACAGCGUAUUGAUGGAGAAGAAGAUCCGGCCGUGGAUCAACAAGAAGAUCAUCGAGUACAUCGGCGAGCCCGAGCCUACGCUGGUGGACUUCAUCUGCAGCAAAGUGCUGGCCGGCUCCGCGCCGCAGACCAUCCUCGACGACGUGCAGAUGGUAUUAGAUGAAGAAGCGGAGGUGUUCGUAGUGAAGAUGUGGCGGCUGCUGAUCUACGAGCUGGAGGCCAAGCGGGCGGGGCUAGCCAAGUGACGUCACACACCCCCCCCUCCCCAUGUACAUAGUGAGCGAGUGACUGACCGAGCGAGUGCUUGUUGACGCUAUAUUGUGUAUCGUUAAGUUUAGCGCCUCCACAGGAGGCUAUAGCCGGUAUCAAUAUAAAUAUAUUAUUGUCAAACUUA